AAUAUAUAGAAAUCUAUAUAUAAUUAAAACAAACUAUUAAUAAGUUAUGGCAACAACUUGUGACCAACCGGUGUCUACUGAUGUGACAAAUGGCAAAAUAAGUCUUAAAAAUUUGGUAAAUGUUAAAGAUAUCAAUGAAGUAGACUUCGAUAAACUAGAGCUGUUAAGGGGUGAAACACCCGAUGAUAUCAGAGAUCAAUGUCUUAAACUAUGUCAACAGUAUUUGGCCGGCAAUUGGUUGCAACAGUCAACCGAUACUAUUAAAGUAGUGCGAGUGUCGGGUGGUAUGACUAAUCAACUAUACUAUUGUGGAAUUGUCGACAAAUCUGAUGAUAACCAAGAAGUUCCACAACAAGUGGCGGUUAGACUGUAUGGACCAAAAUAUUUCAAUAAUAAAGACUGUGACGGAAAUGAAAGACUCACUGAUGUAGUCAUAGCACUAAUGGUCUCACAAAACAAAUUGGGUCCUAAAAUAUACGGAAUUUUUGAUGGCGGACAAAUACAGGCGUUUUAUAAGCACCGACAGUUUAAAGUUGAAGAACAGAAAGAUCCGAAAUUAGUGACCGAAUUAUUUCAAAAGUUAGCCCGAGUUCAUGGUUUAAAUGUGCCCAUCAAAAAGUGUCACUGGUCAUUGAAGGAAAUGGAUAGAUUUUAUAAUAAUUUCAUUAAUAAAACUGAUUUAAAGUGUUUGGUCGAUAAAUUUGAUGUAUUUAUUGAAAAUGAUUUCAAAACAGAGAUUGAUUGGCUCAAAGGUUUGAUUGAAAAGACUAACAGUCCGCUAGUGUUUACACACAAUGACUUCCGAAGCAGUAAUAUAAUGGUUUUGGAGGACAAAAAUGUUGAGUCCGGGGAACAGAUAGUAUUGUGUGACUUUGAAUAUUCAAGUUAUGGCUAUCGGGGACAGGAUUUCGCUAUUAUUUUGACUGAAUGGGGACGUACUAUGAAUGACAUGAAAAAACCGAUGACUUUACCCGACGACUCAACUUUGCGAUCAAUAUUUGAUAUUUAUAUUAAAGAAACGGAAAGAUUGUUCGGUAAAGACUAUUGCGAAGCAAAUCGUUUUACUUCGGAUGUGAUCAUCAAAGAGGCGAAAAUAUUUGCAUUAUAUAUGCAGAUAUGGUUUGUAGUCUUUAUGUUAGGCAAUGAGGAAGAAUCCUCUGAAUUAUUUUCAAAUAAAGAUUUUAUUUUACAAUUUUCGGAGAUUGGAUACAAAAAUUAUUUUCAUCUGAAACAACAAUUAAAAGACCAAAAUCUAUUUUAAUGAUAAUUUUUUAAAUAAUUUUACAAAUUUUAUUUUAUUUUAUUUACAUUGUAUAGCAUCUACAGU